CACUGUAAUAGUUUCCCAAGAAAGGCCACAUAUGGAGUAUUGUGUCAACAUUUUUAUUCUCUCGCGCUGCCGACUUGAUCACAGGCCACCUGUUCUGUUCAGAAGUUCACAGGUAGCUCUCCGCCUCCAGGACGCCAUUCCACGUGCCCAGCCCUCUGUGACGUGUCGUGCUGGGAGGACACAUGCAGGUCCAUGGAGCUCCACUCUCCAUCUCGUCUCUCUCACAUGACACAGGAUUGUAGCACAAGACCAAAUAGUGCAGAGGUGAGCAGCAGGAGAAGGCGGGCAGCCAUGGAGAUGCUGAGCAUGCUGAAGGUGGGGUACACCAUCCUGCGCAGCGAGACGCCGGCGACGGACCUCGUCAACACCUUCAUGGACUGGGCGGCGCGACGGUCGCUCGUGCUCUUGGCCAUCUUUCUCCCUCCUUACUACGUCUACAAGCUCACCACGUCAGCGUUCGCUGUCGUCACGCCGGAGAAAGUCGCUGGGAAGGUCGUGCUCAUCACCGGCGCCUCCUCCGGCAUCGGCGAGCAAAUAGCUUACCAGUACGCAAAGAAGGGAGCAAGACUUGCUCUAGUGGCGAGGAGGGAGGGAAGCCUGCGUGAGGUGGCUGCAAAGGCGAAGGAUGCCGGCUCACCGGACGUUCUUGUCGUUGCAGGGGACGUUGCAAAUCCAGAGGAUUGCAAGGGGUUUGUCCAGACCACAGUCGAACACUUUGGCCGGCUGGAUCAUCUUGUGAACAAUGCCGGUGUAGCAAAUGUGUGUUGGUUAGAGGAAGUACCAGAUGUUGCUGAUUUCAAGCAAGUUCUGGCCGUGAACUUCUGGGGCGCAGUUUAUCCAACUCACCACGCUCUUCCUCAUCUGAAGAAGAGCGGUGGGAAGAUCUUCGUCAACUCCUCGGCCGCGGCGGUGUUGGCAAUGCCAAGAAUGAGCUUCUACAAUGCCAGCAAGGCUGCCGUCCUGAACUUCUUCGAGACGCUGCGAAUUGAGCUCCGCGAUGAGGUCGGCAUCACGAUCGCGACUCUGGGGUGGAUCGAGUCGGAGAUGACCAAGGGGAAGCACCUGUCGAAGGAAGGGACGGUGGAAGUUGACCAAGACAUGAGGGAUGCUCAGGUCGGUUUGUUCCCGGUGGUCCGCGCCGAGCGGUGCGCCGAGGCCAUCGUCGACGCCGUGUGCCGCGGCCGGCGCCACCUCACCGUGCCAAUGUGGUACCGGGCGCUGUUCCUCUGGCGGAUGCUCGCGCCGGAGGUGGGGGACUUGAGCCAGCGGGUGUUCUAUCGUCGCACCGCCGGCACUCGGGGCAACCAGGCGAAGGCGAAGAGGUUCCUGGAGGUCACCGGCGCGAAGGGGGUGCUCCAGCCAGCGUCGCUGCAGAGCUCAGAUAUCAAACGGGAGUAACUAGGUAGUUAAGACGCUGCAACUGUCGAGUUCGUUGCAUGCAGGCCUCUUGUGGAUGAGGCAGAAAAGUUUCGCCGUCGUUUGCCCGGUACCUCCAAAUAAUGUGUAGAGCGAAAUCAAUCUCUGCUAAAUAAAAAAGUUAGUUUUCGUGUCAUUUUUUC